UUCUUUUCUCUCUCUCCAUUAUCAAAAUAAUAUGAUCUUGAGAUCUGCAGAGGAAAGAAGAAGCUAUUCAUUGAUUCAUUAAUGGUGGGGAAUUCGUCACAGUAGACAGCCAGCCAGCCAGCCAGGUCAUGACUUACAGUAAUAGUACAGAAAUGGCUUUCUUCCCAGCCAACUUCAUGCAUCAAAUCUCUCAUGAUCAAGAUCAUCAAAUCUCACCAAUUCUCCCGCCAUGUUCUUCACAAGACUUACAUGGAGUUGCUUCACUGCUAGGAAAGAGAUCUAUGUCGUUUGGGGGUGGAAUGAACGAGAAUUGCGAUCAUCACGGGCAGGAGAUGACGAACGGAGUUGAUCAAGAUGACUUAUCCGAUGACGGAUCUCUUGCCGGAGAGAAAAAGAGAAGGCUGAAUAUGGAACAGGUGAAGACACUUGAGAAGAACUUUGAAUUGGGUAAUAAGCUUGAACCGGAGAGGAAAAUGCAGCUUGCUAGAGCUUUAGGUCUUCAACCAAGACAGAUCGCAAUUUGGUUUCAAAACAGGAGGGCUAGAUGGAAGACAAAGCAAUUGGAGAAAGAUUAUGAAAUUCUUAAGAAACAAUUCGAUGCUCUUAAGGCUGACAAUGAUUCUCUCCAAUCCCAAAAUCAGAAACUUCAUUCUGAGUUAUUGUUACUCAAAGGACGAGAGCCGACUGAAUCGAUAAACCUAAACAAAGAGACAGAAGGGUCGUGUAGUAACAGGAGUGAGAACAGCUCCGACAUUAAACUCGACAUCAACUCAUCGGCGGCGGCGGUGGCGGCGAGAAACAGUUGCCGGGCGGUGUUUCCGGCGCCGAUGAUCAGAGCAAAUAGUACGGUGGCUCAUCAACUGUUUGAAAGCUCAUCAGUAAGGCCGGACCUACAUUUUCAAAAGCUGGCAACUAAUAACAACAACAACAACAGCAACGAUCAAACUGUUAAAGAAGAAAGCUUUAGUAACAUGUUCUGUGGGAUUGAUGAUCAGCCGGUUUUCUGGCCUUGGUUGGAGCAGCAGCAUUUCAAUUGAAUAAAUUUUAAUUAUUUAUAAUAAUUAUGAAAAAAAAAUGGUAAAAACAAAAAAAAAAACAGUAAUUUCUAUGAAAACCAAUCAAUCAGAAUCAUCAGAUUAAGCUUUGGAGGGCUUGAGGAUGUGGAAGAGGAGGAGGACUCUUUGAAAGUUUUUUAUUUUUAUUUUUAAUGUUGUUUUUGGUAACUUAUAUAAGAGUUAGAACAUAUAUGAUAUGGAUAAAUUUGUUAAAUUUUUAAUGACUUGGGGAAACUUU